CUGGGCUCCAGCAAGGCUGUUUUUGCUGGGAUAUUUCAGCAUCCUAGCUGCUUCAUAUUCCAAUAUUCUAAGUAGAGCAUCCAUCUUGGUUUUUCAAGUCACCAGUGAUCCCAUUAUAAUUUGUGUUUUUCAAGUAAAGCGGCACAAUGACAGAGGUUCAGCCUCGAGAGAUAAAGAUUCUCGAAACUGCUGAGGACAUCCAGCAGCGACGAGAUGAAGUUCUUGGACGAUAUUCAGCCUUCAAGCAGGCGAUAUCAGACAGAAGGAACAAACUUGAAGACUCCAGAAGGUACCAAUACUUCAAGAGAGAUGCGGAUGAGCUUGAAAGCUGGAUCAUUGAAAAACUGCAGACAGCCUCGGACGAGAGCUACAAAGAUCCAACCAACCUCCAGGCCAAGAUCCAGAAGCACCAGGCUUUUGAGGCCGAGGUUGCAGCUCACGCUAACGCCAUUGUAACACUUGACAACACAGGCACAGAGAUGAUCGACCAGGAACACUUUGCCUCUGAAAUCAUCAGGGAGCGCCUUGAUGAGCUUCACCGUCUUUGGGAGCUGCUUCUCUCAAAACUGAAGGACAAGGGACUUAAACUCCAACAAGCCUUAAAACUGGUCCAGUUUAUGAGAGAAUGUAACGAGGUCAUGUUCUGGAUCCAUGACAGGGAGGCGUUUGUAACAUCAGAGGAGUUUGGACAAGAUCUUGAACACGUAGAGGUCUUACAGAAGAAGUUUGACGAGUUCCAGAAAGAUCUGCAGAACCAUGAAGAUAAGGUGACAGAAGUAAACACACUCUCCCAUCAACUGCUCGAAGACGGCCACCCAGACGAGGACACCAUCAACCAGAAGAGAGACGAGGUGAAUGAAGCUUGGGCUCGUCUGAAACAGCUCUCCCUUCUCAGACAGGAGAGGCUUUUCGGGGCGCAUGAGAUUCAGAGAUUUAACAGGGAUGCGGAUGAGACAAUCUCUUGGAUUAUGGAGAAGGAUGCCAUCCUUUCGACUGAUGAUUACGGACGAGACUUGGCGAGCGUUCAGGCUCUCCGCAGAAAACAUGAGGGCGUUGAACGUGAUUUGGCUGCUCUCAAUGAAAAGGUGUCAGCCUUAGGUGCAGAAUCCAAGCGUCUCGAGGACAUUCAUCCGGAUCAUGCAGAAGCUAUUGACACAAAGCAGAGUGAGAUCGAAGAUAACUGGAGAAGGCUGAAGAACAAGGGAGCAGAGAGAAAGUCCCGUCUUGAUGACUCAUACAACCUUCAUCGAUUCUUGGCUGAUUUCCGCGACCUUGUCUCCUGGAUUCAUGAUAUGAAGGCAAUCAUAUCUGCGGAUGAUCUUGCUAAAGAUGUAGCAGGUGCUGAGGCCCUUUUGGAGCGACACCAGGAACAUAAGGGAGAGAUUGAUGCUCGUGAAGACAGUUAUCGCUCGGCCAUGGAGGCUGGAAACAGGCUCGUUGAAACUGACCACUAUGCUGCCGAUGAAGUCAGGGAAAAGCUUCAGACCCUUUCCUCUGAGAAGAACAGCCUUCAUGAACUCUGGGAAGAGCGCCGAAUCCUGUAUGAACAGUGUAUGGACCUUCAACUGUUCAUUAGGGACACCGAGCAAGCUGAUGCCUGGAUGACCAAGCAGGAGGCCUUCUUGGCUAAUGAAGACCUAGGGGAUUCUCUGGACUCAGUUGAGGCCCUGUUCAAGAAACACGACGACUUUGAGAAAUCUCUUGCCGCACAGGAAGAGAAGAUUAAGGCCCUCGAUGAGUUCGCAACCAAGCUGAUUGAGAAUGAACACUAUGCUGCUGAUGAUGUUGCUGCACGUAGAGACCAGUUGCUGACACGUCGUAACCGACUAUACGAAACAUCUCAUCAGAGGCGCCAGCUUUUGGAGGAAUCAUACAAGUUCCAGACCUUUCAGCGAGAUUGUGAUGAAACCAAGAGCUGGAUCAAUGAAAAACUGAAGACAGCUUCUGAUGAGAACUACUUGGACCCAACAAACCUCCAGACUAAAGUCCAGAAACAUCAGAACUUUGAAGCAGAAAUUGAAGCCAACAAAAACAGGAUUGAGGCUAUACAAACCUCUGGGGAACAACUACUGGCGGAAGAGCACUAUGCCUCUGAUAUCAUCAGGGAGAGAACUGAUGAAAUCAUGGAGAUGUGGGGGAACCUGCAAAAGCAGACCGAGUUCAAGGGAAAUAAGCUGACUGAGGCUAGCCAGCAGCAACAGUUCAACAGGAAUGUCGAGGACAUUGAAUCAUGGCUGUCUGACAUUGAGGGGCAACUCAUGUCCGAGGAUUACGGCAAGCUUUUGAGGCGUCAAGACUUGACGAGCGUACAGAAUCUGCAGAAGAAACAUGCUCUACUGGAGGCUGAUGUGGCUGCUCACCAGGACCGUAUUGAAGGCAUCGCCGUGCAGGCUCAGCAGUUUGUGGACUCUGGACAUUUCGACUCUGACAACAUUAAGGCGAAACAAACGCAGCUUCUUAAAAGAUACAAGGACCUUAAGGAGCCCACUGCUGCCCGCCACCAGAAGUUGGAAGAUGCUCUGCGUCUUCAGCAGUUCCUUCGAGAUGUUGAGGAUGAAGAAGAUUGGAUUAGAGAAAAAGAACCCAUCGCCGCUUCUACCAACAGAGGUCGUGAUCUGAUUGGUGUACAAAACCUUAUGAAGAAACACCAGGCACUCCAAGCCGAGCUUGCUGGACAUGAACCUCGUAUCAACAAUGUGAGCCAGCAAGGAUCCGACAUGAUAAAGGAUGGGCAUUUCGCUGCUGAUGAGAUACAGGGAAAGAUAAGCGAGCUAGAAGAUAGAUGGCAGGCUCUCAAGGACAAAGCCACCCAGAGAAAGCAGGAUCUUGAAGACUCACUCCAGGCCCAGCAGUAUUUCGCCGAUGCAAAUGAGGCUGAGUCAUGGAUGAGAGAGAAAGAGCCGAUCGCCUCAAAUACAGACUAUGGGAAGGAUGAGGACUCGGCGGAGGCGUUGUUGAAGAAACAUGAAGCCUUCAUGUUGGAUCUGGAGGCAUACAGGGCUGUGAUUGAGAGUCUACAUGAGCAGGCUCAAGCAUGCAAGCAACAAGAGGCCCCAGUAAUUGAUGACCUGGGAACAGAGAAGGUUAUGGCCUUGUAUGACUACACGGAGAAAUCCCCUAGAGAAACCUCCAUGAAGAAGGGGGACGUCCUUACGCUGCUGAAUAGCACCAACAAGGACUGGUGGAAAGUUGAGGUGAAUGACCGCCAGGGAUUCGUGCCAGCCGCCUAUGUGAAGAAACUGGACCCCAGCCUCUCAGCCAGCCGUAACAACCUGAUGGAUGAGUUCACCAUCUCUGUACGCCAGAACCAGAUUGAGACUCAAUACGCCAACUUGCUUGAUCUGGGUAACCAGAGACGUGAGAAGAUCCAGGAAUCCUGCAAAGCCUACCAACUGGUACGUGAGGCCGCGGAACUAGCCGCUUGGAUUACGGAGAAAGAAAACAUUAUGGUCGCUGAAGAUGUUGGGGAUGAUUUGGAACAGGUCGAAGAGAUGCAGAAGAAGUUUGAUGACUUUAGAAAGGAUCUGAGAACAAACGAAGCACGUCUUCAAGAGCUGAAUAACAUCGCAGACAGGCUAACUGCCAUGGGCAAGACAGAGGCUGCUGACAAGAUCAGGGAACAGAUUGCUACCCUGAAUACACGCUGGGCCACACUGCAACAAGUAACAGCAGACCGUGCCCAGACCCUCGGCAGUGCUCACGAGGUCCAGAGGUUCCAUCGUGACGUUGAUGAGACCAAGGAUUGGAUCAAUGAGAAGAACCAAGCUCUGAACAAUGACAAUUAUGGGCACGACCUGGCUAGCGUCCAGGCUCUCCAGAGGAAGCAUGAGGGCCUUGAGAGGGACUUGGCUGCUCUUGGAGAAAAGGUACGCGAUCUAGAUGACACGGCAAAGAGACUGAUGAUGACACAUCCAGACCAGGGAGAACAGAUCUACGAGCACCAGACCGAGAUCAAUGAGAUGUGGAAUGAGCUGACUGGCAAGGCUGACCAACGCAAAGCCAAGCUUCUGGAUAGCUAUGAUCUGCAGCGGUUCCUCAGCGACUAUCGUGAUCUAACAUCGUGGAUCAAUAGCAUGAUGGCGCUUGUGUCGUCCGAUGAGCUUGCUAAAGAUGUAACCGGAGCAGAAGCUCUGUUGGAAAGACAUCAGGAUUUAGGCCAGAGCCCCCCUCCUAUGCCCUCGUGUGAGAAUUUCGAAUCUAGAAAGGCAACCUCAGCAUCUCAACCCAUGCUAAAUUUGCAGAUGUUUAGUUCGGAGAUCGUCAGCCAUUACGGCAUCACUCAGUUGCCCCCGGUAACUGUCGAGGGCGAUGAAAUUGGCGAGGUUCCCAUGGAAAUGGAUGAGGAGCAUCGAACAGAGAUUGAUGCGAGGUCAGGGACGUUCCAGGCGUUUGAGACAUUCGGUCAGCAACUACUGCACAACCAGCACUAUGCUAGCGAGGAUGUCCGAGUACGACUGGAGGAACUGGCUGAAGCCAGGGAAGAUCUAGAACAAGCUUGGAUUCAGAGGCGUAUGAGGCUUGACCAAUGCUUGGAGCUGCAGCUGUUCUACCGCGACUGCGAGCAGGCCGAGUUCUGGAUGGCCUCUCGGGAAGCUUUCCUUUCUGGAGAUCAGGUGGACGGCGAUAAUGUGGAGUCUCUGAUCAAGAAGCACGAGGACUUUGAUCGAGCCAUCAGUGGACAGCAAGAGAAGAUCCAAGCCCUUCAGGUUUUUGCAGACCAGUUGAUUGGUGGUGAACAUUACGAAACUGAUGCAAUCACUGACAAGCGCGACCAAGUGCUUGACAGGUGGGCCAACUUGAAGGAUGCCCUUAUAGACAACCGGUCUAAGCUUGGUGAGGCUCAAACACUCCAGCAAUUUUCACGAGACGCUGAUGAAAUGGAAAACUGGCUGCAAGAAAAGCUUCAAAUUGCCUGCGAUGAGUCGUACAAGGAUCCUGCUAACAUUCAGAGCAAACACCAGAAGCAUCAGGGCUUUGAGGCCGAGUUGGCUGCUAAUGCUGACCGUCUACAGGCACUGCUUGGCACUGGUCAAGCCCUUAUUGACCAGCGUCAAUGUGCCGGCUCGGAGCCUGCUGUACAGGCUCGUCUAGAAAGCCUUGCUGAACAGUGGGAAACACUGGUUCAGAAGUCUGCAGAAAAGAGUGAUAAAUUGAAGGAAGCUAGCAGACAGCAGACCUACAACGCUGGGGUUAAGGACAUUGAGUUCUGGCUCGGAGAGGUGGAGCAAAUGCUUGGUUCAGAGGAAUACGGCAAAGACCUAGCCUCUGUUCAGAACCUCUCAAAGAAACACCAGCUGCUUGAAGCUGACAUCGCUGCACAUGAGGACCGUAUUAAGGAUCUGAACUCUCAAGCUGACCAGUUCAUAGACAGUGGAGUUUGGGACGCAGAGAGCAUUGAAGUCCGCAAACGUACCAUCAAUGAGAGAUAUGAAAAGAUUAAGGAGCUGGCCAUUGUGCGGAAGACGCGCCUGAAUGAAGCCAACACAAUGCACCAGUUCUUGCGUGACAUCGAUGAUGAGGAGGCUUGGAUUAAUUUAGAUCCACUGGUAUUUGAUCAUGAACGGGAGAAGAAGCUGCUGGUGGGAUCCGAGGAUUAUGGGAAAGAUCUGACAGGUGUACAGAAUCUGCGUAAGAAACACAAGCGACUGGACGCUGAGCUUGCCAGUCAUGAACCUGCCAUACAGGCUGUUCAAGAGACCGGCGCCAAGCUGAUCCAGGAAUCUGACAUUAACACGGCUGACAUUCAGAACCGCCUUGAGCAACUUGGGAAGAGUUGGGAAGAGCUUAAACAGAUGGCUGCUAACAGAGGACAGAUGUUGGAAGAGUCCUUCGCCUUCCAGCAGUUUUCGGCCAACAUUGACGAAGAGGAGGCUUGGAUUUCGGAGAAACAGCGCCUCCUGUCUGGCGGAGAUCUUGGCGAUACCAUGGCUGCUGUGCAGGGCCUGCUGAAGAAACAUGAGGUGUUUGAGACGGACUUCCAGGUUCACAGAGAUCGCUGCCAGGAGGUGCACAAGGAGGGUGAAAAACUCAUCCAAGAGGGCAACCAUAACAAAGACAGUAUUGCCCAACGUGUCCAAGGCCUACAGGACAAGUUAUCUGCCCUUGAUGAAGCUGCUGCUCUAAGGAAGGCAGGGCUUAUUGACAACUCGGCCUUCCUCCAGUUCAUCUGGAAGACAGACGUCGUUGAAAGCUGGAUUGCUGACAAGGAGACUCAAGUCAGAUCUGACGACUACGGACGUGACUUGUCUUCCGUGCAGACUCUGCUGACAAAACAGGACACUUUUGAUGCUGGCCUUCAAGCAUUCGAGAAGGAAGGCAUACAGACCAUAACGGCCUUGAAGGAUCAGCUGUUGGCUUCCAAGCAUGCCAAAACACCGUCCAUCGAGAAACGAUACAAUGACGUCAUGAGCAGAUGGAAGAAACUAUUAGACGACUCAGAGCAGCGCAAGCAGAUGCUGCUCCGUCUUCAGGACCAGUACCGGCAGAUAGAGGACCUCUACCUCGCUUUCGCAAAGAAGGCUUCCGCCUUCAACUCCUGGUUUGAAAAUGCUGAGGAGGACUUGACUGACCCAGUAAGAUGCAACUCGGUAGAGGAAAUCAGGCAUCUGCGCGAAAACCACGAACAAUUCAAGGCAUCCCUUGAAGCAGCCCAAGAUGACUUCAACCAGUUAGCUGCCCUUGACAAAGAGAUCAAGAGCUUCAAUGUGGGACCCAACCCCUACACCUGGUUCACCAUGGAGGCCCUGCAGGACACAUGGAAUAACCUGCAGAAAAUCAUCAAGGAGAGAGACGUUGAUCUUGCUAAUGAACAACAGCGCCAGGAAGAAAAUGACCAGCUCCGCAAGCAGUUUGCUCAGGCUGCUAAUGCCUUCCAUGCCUGGCUCACAGAAACAAGGAUGUGGCUUUUGGAUGGAGGAGGGUCUGCAAUGAUGGAAGGCUCAGGAACGCUUGAAGAUCAGUUGGAAGCCACAAAGAAAAAGGCUGUUGAGGUUCGCUCUCAGAAGGGACAACUGAAGCGUAUUGAAGACCUAGGAGCUGCCAUGGAAGAGAGACUGAUCUUGGACAACAGGUACACAGAACACAGUACAGUAGGUCUUGCCCAGCAGUGGGAUCAGCUAGACCAACUGGGCAUGAGGAUGCAGCACAACCUUGACCAGCAGAUCCAGGCCAGGAACAGGAGUGGAGUGUCGGAAGACGCACUCCGGGAGUUUAGCAUGAUGUUCAAGCACUUUGACAAGGACAAGUCUGGCAAGCUGGAUCACCAGGAGUUUAAAUCUUGCCUCCGAGCUCUUGGUUAUGAUUUACCUGUUGUGGAAGAAGGACAAGUUGACCCCGAGUUCCAAGCCAUCUUGGACAUGGUUGAUCCAAAUAGGGAUGGUCACGUGUCGCUGCAAGAGUACAUGGCGUUCAUGAUCAGUCGAGAGACAGAGAACGUGCAGUCAAGCUCGGAGGUUGAACAGGCUUUCCGGGCUCUAACAUCAGGCGAUAAACCCUUCAUCACAUCACAGGAGCUAUAUGCUAACCUGACAAGAGAACAAGCGGACUACUGCAUUGGAAGAAUGAAACCGUUUGUGGACAGAACUGGCCGGGUCAUACCGGAUGCGUAUGACUACGCUGAUUUUACAUCAUCCAUGUUUGUCAAUUAAGCAAAGGAGACUUUAAAUUAAUACUUAUAAUGGACUUAUGUAUUGUGGUGUGGUACUUUCAUAUUCUUGUUGUAUGCUUACACUAUACAUUAGUUUGAGUUUUUCUUCAUUGAUAUGCUUUGCUUAUUAUGUAGAACUUAUUCCAAAACUUUUAAUGAAAUAACAUAUUCAAUAUAUAAUAACAUGAAUUGCAUAAAAAAUAAAAUAAAUUUGUAGGGUCAAAUUAUAUAUAAUUAUUCUGCCACCGAGAGGCAGUAUAAAAAUAUGUUUUUAUUGUCAUUACAAAUGAAUUGUUUAUUAUAGAUAUUUUAAAUUUCAACCAACAGGUUAAACACUCUUUACCAUUUAUUUAUCAAUAAUAUCACUAACAGAUUUGGACUGAAUGAAAUUCUUAAGAAGUACACCAAUUCUGACCUUACAUGCUAUCGGUUAUAUAUGUCGGUUCAAACACCAGAUAGGACUUGAAUCGGCUACAACACCGUAACACCAGGAUCUUGAUGUCCAAACCAUUCAAGUACUUCCGUAUUGCCAUAGUUACUCUUAAUAUGUGUAACUAGCUUAUAUCAUAUAUCCUAAUUAUAAACAGUUCAGUUUUUGCUUUCAAGAUUAAAUUAAUAAUGGAAACAAAUAGAGACUCACCAGUUUUCAAAUUGAAUUGAGAAGAAGAAGUUUUUUAUGAAUCGUGUUAAAUAUUACUUAGUAAUAAAGAACAUCUUGCACAUAAAUUUGCUAUUGAAAUCAUAAUCAUGAAAUAAAAGUAGCUACCGA